CACACAUGCUCAGCGCGCGCAGGGAAACGCGCCAGAUGUUACUUAUACUCUGCACGUGCGGGGAAAACCGGACCGUAAUGGCACGCGCGUUCAUUCCUAACCCAGCCUAGAUUCAAAUGAUGAUAACAACAAUUAGUAUUAUUAUGUAAACAAUUCUAGGUGCGUUUAUUAAAGGCGAGGCCGUCAUGGUGCACACCGGGAUCUGCGUGAACGGAUGAUGACACCGACCGCGACGUCACGAGACCGUUAUGGUGACUCCGUAAAAGCCAGAGGAACACAGUUGCACACUCAGGAUCAAGUCCUCUGAGGUUAAUACAGUAUGCUGAUGACAUCCUUGCCACACAACAGAAUUUGAAUUAUGGGUAACGUGGAGAGCCAGUAUGGCAGCCACAGUUUCUAUGGCGACCGUGAACGACAGUUGUCACGGAAGCGAGUGUCCCGAUCGUUGCGUCUAUCGGGGAAGCAGUCGUACCGGAGAAAACCUGAGCACCGUAACUCGGAGACAAGCACACGCUCCAGCAGCACUCCCAGCAUCCCACAGUCGCUUGCUGAGCAUGGCCUGGAGCCGUUUGACGACGCUGAUGCACUGCCGCACUUCAGCUCCCCCAUCUGGGUGGACCGGGUGGCUAUGAAUCUGCGGCCUAUGAACUUCCACAAGGAUUCAGCUCACGAGCCGUGUAACAACACUUCAGCUAACAUUCCUGCUGUUGAUGCUGACAAUGAGCAAAGUACGCAGGACACCUCCAAGCCGCCAGAUGGCGCCGGUUCUUUCAAGAAAAAGCGUUCCAAAUCUGCAGACGUUUGGAGAGAUGACUCUUUGGAGGUAUCUCUGUCUGAUGCAAGUUUGGAGCGCUUAACAAGCACAGAAGAUCUCACGGACAAUGCUAACAUCACUGAUGUCACCCGUGCUAACUCGCUGGGUGAGCUUUACACACCGCAGAGCUACGCCAAGAAACGCCACAAGGGUGGAGCUGUAUGCAGAGACAGUUUGGAGGACAAGAUGCUGUCUCCAUGCGAGGAUGAUGGUGCCACCUAUGGAGCUUUCACACUGCCCUGCCGCCGAUCUCAUUGUCUGUCAGAAGGUUUGACCAGUCACCAGGCAGCAAUGCCAGGGAGACGGGCACAAACCAUACAAGACGUGACAGUAGGGGACAUCAUUGAGCUGGAGGACAGCGGGAUCGAUGGCUUGAUUGGAGACGGUGGUGUGUGUGAGCUCCCGUCUCGCCGUUACAAGGCCCUGUCUGUGUACUCCACACCAGCAGGGGGCAGUGGAGACACACCUGACUCUGGCGUGCAGGGCGUGUACGAGAACUUCCGGCAGGAGCUGGAGAAGAGCGGCUGCAGGGCGGAGACUCCGGAGGAAGGGGCGUCGGCUCUAAGUGACGAACUGAGCUCGGCCAAUCAGACGGAGGCACUUGCCGGUGUGACCGAAGGCUGCGUACGCAAAGCCGGCCGUCUUAAUGUGAAAAACCUGCUCGUGCACAAGAAGAACAAGAAGGUGGAGCUCGCUGCUCGUCGCAAGUGGAAGAGCUACUGGGUCUCGCUAAAAGGAUGCACUCUGUUUUUCUAUGAGACGGACGGGCGUUCGGGAAUCGAUCACACCAGCAUCCCAAAGCAUGCCGUCUGGGCGGAAAACAGCAUCGCACAGGCCGUUCCUGAGCACCCAAAAAAAGAUUUUGUCUUCUGCCUCAGCAACUCAAUGGGAGACUCCUACCUUUUCCAGACAUGUAGUCAGACAGAGGUGGAGAACUGGGUGACAGCGAUCCACUCUGCAUGCGCGGCCGCCGUUGCUCGGCAACAUCACCGCGACGACACGGUACGCUUCCUGCGCUCUGAGAUCCGAAAACUGGAGCAGAAGAUCGACAUGGAUGAGAAGAUGAAGAAGAUGGGAGACAUGCAGCUGGCCUCUGUCACCGAUACCAAGAAGAGGAAAACCAUUCUGGAACAGAUCUCAGUGUGGGAGCAGAAUCUGGAGUGUUAUAACGUGGACUUGUUCCGAUUGAGGUGUUAUUUUUGCAGCCUGCAGGGAGAGGAGCUGCCCAAUCCGAAGCCUCUUCUCUCAGUGGCCUCACGCUCUACCAAACUCUCCAUGGGACGUCUCGGCUUCUCGGUGUCUUCCUUCCACGCUCUGGUGAUCAUCCCUCCACCCUUAAAUCAUCUCUCCGUUUCUGCAUCUUUACCUUCCCUUCAUCCACUAAACUCUCCACGGGCUUCUCCGUCUCCACUUUACAUACUCUGGUGACCAUCUCUUGAUCUUCACCUUACUAUUUCUUCUGUCCACUUUUACCUGAUCCUCAUCCCCCUGUCGUUACCACUUUCCUUCAUCUUUACCUUAUUACUUAGUGUAUGACCCUAG